AUGAUGGAUUCAAAAACAAGCGGUGCUGAAGAUGUCUUGCCAGAUAAGAAACAGGAUAACCAGGAAGGUAGUGUCAAUUCAAAGGUGAAAGGUAUAGGAGGUAUGAGUAGCAAAGAUAUGUUUUUUCGAGCUGAUAAAAUCGAUCUUAAAAGCUUGGAUGCACAGCUUGAGAAGCACCUGAGCAGGGUUUGGUCAAGGAACAUUGAAAUCCAAAAGCCUAAAGAAGAGUGGGAAAUUGAUUUGUCUAAAUUGGAAAUAAGGCACGAGGUAGCCCAUGGUACUUUCGGGACUGUGUAUCGUGGUACUUAUGAUAGCCAAGAUGUUGCAGGCAUUGUAUUCCAUCCCAGGGAAAAUUACCGUGAAACUAUUGGACUGGGGGAGGAUGGUAUUGCCACAACUGCAGAAACUGCUGCCGUGCGGGCAUCAUUUCGGCAAGAGGUUGCUGUUUGGCACAAGCUUGACCAUCCUAAUGUUACAAAAUUUGUUGGAGCAUCAAUGGGAACUUCGAACCUCAAGAUUCCUGCCAAAAAUCCAUCUGAUUGUCACAUCACCCUUCCUGCUAGGGCAUGCUGUGUUGUUGUUGAGUAUCUCCCUGGUGGGACGCUAAAACAAUAUUUGAUAAGAAAUGGGCGAAAGAAACUUGCUUUUAAGGUUGUAAUCCAACUUGCUUUGGAUCUUGCAAGGGGUCUUAGUUAUCUACAUUCAAAGAAGAUUGUACAUCGCGAUGUCAAGACUGAAAACAUGUUACUAGAUUCUCAUAGAACUCUUAAAAUUGCUGAUUUUGGUGUUGCUCGAAUUGAAGCUCAAAAUCCAUGUGACAUGACUGGUGAAACUGGCACCCUUGGAUACAUGGCCCCGGAGGUUCUUGAUGGCAAGCCAUAUAACAGAAGAUGUGAUGUCUACAGCUUUGGCAUUUGCUUAUGGGAAAUUUAUUGUUGUGACAUGCCUUAUCCUGAUCUUAGCUUCGCUGAUGUAUCCUCUGCUGUUGUUCGACAGAAUUUACGGCCAGAUAUUCCAAGAUGUUGUCCAAAUUCUUUUGCAAAUGUCAUGCGAAAAUGCUGGGAUGGGCAUGCAGAAAAACGUCCUGAAAUGGCCGAGGUGGUGAAAAUGUUAGAAGCGAUUGAUACAAGCAAGGGAGGAGGGAUGAUACCGGAAGAUCAGGCAUCUGGCUGUUUCUGUUUUACCCCUGCUCACGGUCCCUGA